UUGGAGAUUUAAAGCGAAAAAAAAAAUGCCAUUCUCCUUUCUCUACGGACAACAAGACGAAAAUGGAUCAGAACGUGUGGUGCUGUGCCAAUGAUCAUUGAUUGAUUCAUCCCCGAAAUUUUACGGCGACACUGCUACUGCUACUGCUUCUGCUUCUGCUCCCAAUUCCUCAGCUCAUCUGAGCCUCAAACCCACCAACUGCCAUGAGUCUCCAAAUCCGGCGGGGCCCCCUUCCGACACGCAGGAGCCGUGCCUGUCCCAGUUCUUGAUUUUUCCACAGCUGGGUCUAUUUAUUCCUUCGUUGCUUGAACUGGGUCUGUGCUGUUUCCAGGUGAGCUACUUGCGGUCAGUCUCCGAGCUAGCUCAUCAGCUGGUGCUGUCUGCUCGGCUCUAGCUCUCGGGAUUAUUAAACCGUUGAGAGUCGCUCCUUUUACUAUGGCUUCGAUUGGGUCUCUGCCUUUCACAAUAGAGGCGAAGGCGGCGGAGAGGUGUGUUUUCUUCCACGCCAAGAGCCAGCCCCGGCCCGGGUUUUUCCGGCCGAGGAGGUCCUUAAAUUUUGCUGCUCUAAGGGGUUUCGGCACCUCAAGGAAUGUCGAAGAUGAGAGCGGUAGGGUUUUGUCUUCCGGGCAGAGGAGACUGAGGGCCACGCUCGGGGGCUCGGUCGAGGGCGGGGACGGCGAUGAUGUGCCGUCGGAGGACGGGCUUCAGGCCACCAUCGAGAAGAGCAAGAAGGUCUUGGCAAUGCAGAGGGAACUCCUUAAUCAGAUCACUGCAAGAAGAAAACUCGUUUCGUCCAUAAGGAAUAGCACCACUGUGUCUGCAGAAGAUGAAAGUUCGGUCGGAGAGAAGGACAAAGCUUUUUCAAGUCCUGAAGUUGAUUCAACUAGCGAUGUCAGUGACAGAAAUGGUUCAGUUCCUAGCCUUGAAGAACAAAGCAAGAACAUCUUUUCAAGCGACAGAAGAGCUUCUAAUGCUUCAUCUGAGGCACCAGGAUCUGAACCUGCAACCAUAAACUGGAUUCAUGAUAUUGAUGAGGCAGUGCAUGAGGGGAAAUUCGAAUUCCCUUCCCAUGGCACUCCUUCUCCCGGGAGAUAUGAGCCUCCGACGGAAGAUGCUACUAGCUCAGAUUCGGUCAAGACUGAUAUUCUUCCACCCUUUGUCUCAAGUAUCCCUGAGAUAUCCAUUCCCAAAGACGAGAAGGAGGAGGAGUAUUCCAAGGAAGCCACCACACAGCUAGGUGCUGAUAAUGGUGAUAGUGAUACAAUGGUUGAAGAUGGAAAACCUCCUCCAUUAGCAGGAGCCAAUGUGAUGAAUGUUAUAUUGGUUGCUGCAGAAUGCGCACCAUGGAUUAAAACAGGUGGGCUUGGAGAUGUUGCCGGUUCUUUACCGAAAGCAUUGGCCCGUCGAGGUCAUCGGGUUAUGGUGGUGGUUCCACGGUAUGGUAACUAUACAGAACCACAAGAGACUGGAAUCAGGAAAUCAUACAGGGUUGAUGGCCAGGAUAUCGAAGUAACUUAUUUCCAGGCUUACAUUGAUGGUGUGGAUUUUGUUUUUAUUGACGCCCAUGUGUUUCGUCAUCUCGAAAAUAACAUAUAUGGGGGAAACCAGUUGGAUAUUCUGAAAAGGAUGGUAUUAUUUUGCAAGGCAGCUGUUGAGGUUCCAUGGCACGUGCCUUGCGGUGGUGUCUGCUACGGCGACGGAAAUUUGGUUUUCAUUGCGAAUGAUUGGCACACUGCAUUGUUGCCAGUCUAUCUUAAGGCCCAUUAUCGAGACAACAGUUUAAUGAAGUUCACUAGAUCAGUUCUUGUGAUUCACAACAUUGCUCACCAGGGAAGGGGCCCGGUGGAUGAUUUCUUCCGUGUGGACUUGCCCGAACACUACAUGGACCACUUCAAACUCUAUGAUCCAGUGGGGGGCGAACAUUUCAACAUUUUUGCGGCUGGUCUGAAGGCUGCAGACCGUAUAGUCACAGUGAGUCAUGGGUAUGCAUGGGAACUGAAAACCUCUGAGGGCGGCUGGGGUCUACACAACAUCAUCAACGAGAACGACUGGAAGCUGAGGGGGAUUGUCAACGGGAUUGACACGAGGGAGUGGAGUCCUGAGUUUGACAUCCACUUGACCUCUGAUGGCUACACAAACUACACACUAGAGACGCUGCAAACCGGCAAGCCUAAAUGCAAGGCGGCCCUGCAAAAGGAGCUUGAAUUGCCUCUCCGCGAAGAUGUCCCCGUGAUUGGAUUCAUUGGACGGCUUGAUAACCAGAAGGGUGUUGAUCUUAUCGCAGAGGCAAUCCCAUGGAUGAUGGGCCAAGAUGUACAGCUCAUAAUGCUUGGGACCGGCAGGGCCGACCUUGAGCAGAUGCUAAGGCAAUUCGAGACCCAGCACAGGGACAAGGUCCGGGGAUGGGUCGGAUUCUCAGUCAAGAUGGCCCAUAGGAUAACUGCCGGAGUGGACAUCCUGCUGAUGCCCUCGAGGUUUGAGCCUUGUGGGUUGAACCAGUUGUACGCAAUGAACUACGGGACGGUCCCUGUGGUCCAUGCAGUGGGCGGGCUGAGGGACACGGUCCAGCAAUUCAAUCCAUUCAAUGAGUCAGGACUUGGUUGGACCUUCGACAGUGCUGAGACCCAAAAGCUGAUCCACGCACUGGGAAACUGCCUCUUGACUUACCGGGAGUACAAGAAGAGCUGGGAGGGGCUUCAGAGGAGGGGGAUGAUGCAGGACCUAAGCUGGGAUCACGCUGCUCAGAUCUACGAAGAGGUGCUUGUUGCUGCCAAGUACCAGUGGUGAGCAUUUGGUUCAGCAUCUUGGAAGGUAGCUUAACUUGUUGGGCUAAUUCGGGUUAUUAGUGAACUUCAUAGUUGGGUAGAAGGAUGGCUGUAAAUCUCCCUAUUCAAGCUUUCUGGGAAUUUUACUGCAACUCUGCAGAGGUCGCUGCGUUCUAUCUUUCCCCUUGAUAGCAUGAGUUCAGUCUAGUGGAUCAUUGCUGAAAGUAACAUUGUAUAUCUUUCUGGGACACAGAGGAUGGAUUUCAGUUCUGUUGGUAAAUAUUACAGAUAAAGGCGGCAUUAGUGAUGAUUCCUCUCGA